AGUCACCAUAAAUUAAAAAAAUUUUAAAACCUUGGUGCCAUUUGCCACUCAUGCCUUUUAACUUUCCACGAGAGACAAGUCCACCUGACCUGAUCCUCAGUCCCUCCUUCACUCCUUUGUAUAACUUUCUCACUCUCUGAAUUUUACCUCUCUCUCUCUGUCCUUCCCUUCUCUCCCAAGUUUUUAAUGACUUUGUCAUCGCGAUCCGAUUUGAUGAAUUUUACUUUACAACCAUCUCUUCAGAUCUAUCCUUUCUGAAUUCGGUUCCAUUUCCGGGUUACGUUCUUUACAUGUUCAUGUCUCUUUGUGCAUUUCUUCACUCUAUUUGAUUCCUUCUUUCAAAUCUUCUUCAUUUUCUUGUGUUUCCCAGAAAAUAUUUCAUCGAAUUUUACUGUUCUUCUGCUCAAGAACUGUAAGUAAAAAUCUAAACUCGAAGAUCAAAAAUGGCUGAUGUACAGAAAGGGAAACCUAUCCUUCAAAAACCACCGGGUUACAAAGACCCAACCGUUCCAGUCCAACGGAACCCGAGAGCACCGCCACGAAAACUAGUCCUCCCACCGUCUUUCCACCAAAAGAAGCAACGCAUGAGCUUUCGCCGUAUCUGCUGCUGCUCCUUUUGCAUCCUAACAUUAUUACUUGUCACCAUAAUUUCAAUAUCUUUUGCAGUUUUUUACCUCUGGUUUGAUCCAAAACUCCCAGUUUUUCACCUACAGUCAUUUUCUUUUCGAUUCUUCAACGUCAGUGUAAAAACCGACGGCACCUACCUGAACGUUGCGACGUUGACAAGAGUAGAAGCACGGAACCCUAAUGAGAAGUUAACGUAUUAUUACGGUGUCUCCGAAGUGGAGGUUAGCGCAGGGAAGGAUAAGGAAAUUGAGUUUGGAUCAAAAAACUUGGCAGGAUUCACUCAAGCCAAACACAGCAUGACGAGUUUAAAGAUCGAGACGAAGAAUAACCAGCUGGUUGAAGAUGGGGCAGGGACAAGGCUAAUGAGUCGAUACAAAAACAAGGACAUGGUGGUGAAUGUUGACAUUCGAACGAGGGUUGGCGUUGGGUGGAAAGGCUGGAAGAUAAGACCUUUGAACCUGGGUGUUAAUGUCAUCUGUGGCGGUGUAACAUUGAAGACUCUCAAUGGAGAAAUGCCCAAAUGCACCAUUAAUUUACUCAAAUGGAUUAACAUUCAUUGAGGAGAGGGGUGUUUUUCAAGAAGAUGAUGAUUGGGAAUACAUGUAAGUUGAGAGGUGAGAACCGGGGUUUGUGUAAAUUAAUUUAAUUUCCUGGUGAAGAAUCUUUUUCUGUAAAUUGUGGGGAAGAUAAUUCCCGAUGAAGCUGAUAGAGACACAGACAGGCUGCCAUUUUCUUUGAAUAAUAAAAUAAAAUGGAAGAAGGUGUAACAUCCAUUUGUAAUA